AUGGCGACCCCAGGGUCAUCCGAUGGGCCGCCGCCGCGACCCAAUGAACCCCCUCCUGUCAUCCGGAUCUCCUGCCGCAGGUGCAGGGGUCGGAAGCUGAAGUGCGACCGUGCCACGCCACGGUGCUCGCGCUGUGUCAAGGCAGAUGAGGAUUGUGAAUACCCAGGCUCGAGGAAGACCAAUGUUGGGAAGAGGACGCAGGUGCGCGAGUUGGAGGCCAAGCUGGGCCAGCUCGAGAACAAGAUCAAGAUCAUCAGUGCGGCAAGUGAGCCUGAAAACAACGAUUUUCCUGACUUUGCUACAACCAACCUUGACGCCAUUCUACCGACUGGGACAGCUUUCGGCAGCCUGCCCAUCCAUACCAACCCUGCCGUGCAGCCCACGCCGCCAUACGAUGACCACCCGUCCCAUACUGAAAUCACAAGGCUCGGUCUAUUUGAGCAGCUGCCUGCUAUCGAACUGAUAGAGGAACUAACGGCCAUCUUCUUUGAUGAGCUCCACCAUGCGGUCCCCAUGCUUCAUCAGGAGCGCUACAUAGCGUCUCUCUACCUACCAGCCCAUAUGCGCCCUCCAAUGUGUCUUCAGUACAUUGUCAUGGCCUCUGCUGCCACAGUCAACCGUGUACAUCAGCAGCUGGCAAUGCCUUUCUACCAGCGGGCACGCGCUUAUGCCGAAUCUGAUGAGAUGAAGGGAAAAGGCGAGUACUUUUUGACAUUACAUCAUGCCCAAUUUUGGAUUCUGUGCUCGAAUUUUGAGGCCCGACAGAUGUGGUACUCGCGGGCAUCAACGAGUCUUGGUCGUAGCGUUCGCAUCGCUCAGAUGCUCAACUUGCACCAGCUCGAUCGAAAAGCUUCGCAAGCUCGAUCCAUGCUCGCCCCUGCGCGAGACUGGACCGAGACGGAAGAGCGGCGACGUACGUGGUGGGUUGUGUUCUGCAUCGACAGAUUUGUGUGCGGUGCCACGGGCUGGCCUGCCUUGGAUUUCCACCCCGACGAUGGAGCAACGCUAACGAAAGUGCAGAUUCACAUUCUGCUUCCAGCUUCUGACGAGGCAUUCAGGAGCGGAGUCGAGGAAAAGACCACCACCUUGAAGAGCGUCCUGCAAGACACAGGCGAGAGAUAUUCCUCCUUUGCCGGCCGGAUCCUCGCCGCCCACCUCUUCCAUAGAACGAUGGAGCACACCGAGCAGCCAGCUGCAGAAGGCAACCCUGAAGACGUCAAAAACGGCCUGUACUGGAAACAGCACAGAGACAUAGACAACAGCCUAGCCACACUGCUCAUGGCGCUCCCCGAAACGCUACGCCUUCCUCGUAACAUCCGCUCCCCCAACGCCGUCUUCGUCAACGUCAUGACCCAAGCGGCCAUCAUCUCCCUCCACCGAGCGGCGCAGUGGACCAUGCGGCCGCUGCAGGACGUUCUGCCAGAGCACACAGUCCGCCAGAGUCAGAACAGACUCCUCCCAGCAGCGGAGGAAAUCUUGCACGUCUUCCGCAUGGUUCCCGACAUCGAAGCCACCAUGCAAAACGCCAUGUUGACCUUUGCGGCAUACAUGGCAGCUCUCGUCUUUCUCGAAGAUUUUGCGGCGGGGCACAGCCAGCAGAGCGAGAGCAACAUGGACUUUCUCGUGGGCAUGCUCGUCACAGUGGGUCGGAGCAAUGUCAUGGUUGCUUCGUUGGCGAAUCAACUGGCGAUCGAUAUGCAUCAUCUGGGGAUCAAAUCUUCUGUUGCGACCAAGGCUUUCGAGUUUUUGGCCCCCAAGCUGGCUGAGAAGAUGGCCGACUCCCCGGGAGUCAACUUUUGCUUGCUGCACGGCCCUCCUCGAGCUGAUGAUACUGCGCUCGCUGGUAUCACGCCGCAAUCGAGCACACCGCAGACAAUUUCAUCCGAGAAGUCUGGGCUGGGUGGCCUCGCGGGAUCGAGUCAGUUUCACGAUGCGGACGAGAUGAUGUGGGCGAACACUAUAGCUGAAUCGCCACCUGUGGGGUUAAGGUAUCCGUACGAGGCUAUGACUUGGUGA